GGAGUCACAGCUCUGAGCAGUCAGUGGUUUACUUUGUCUUACUGCUGGGCCUCUAAACAGUCCAGCCACACACCUCCACCCCUCUUUUUUCCUCUCUGCUCCAGCAGUUUGAGGCAAGACUUGGUAAAGCCAGCUCAAGAAGUAAACUCACAGCCAUGAAGGACAAAGUGAGGAGAGGAGGAGGAAGAAAUCAAGUUAAAACUGAGGCAGUCGUCGUGCCCGGUGGAGAUGAUGCUGUGAGUAAGCAAGAUGAAAGCACUUCAUUUCCUGUGAAGAUCCAGGGAGCAGGAGUGGAGCCAUUUGAACUGCAGGUUCAUGGUUUUUGGCUUGUUCAAGAUGCACUAGUCACCCUGCUUUCGAGGAAUGAGGUGUGUCCACGCUCAAACCUGUCUUUAGCACUAGCUGGUUCAACUUUGGAUGCCCAUGCUGAUCUGCAAAGCCUCAAGGGCCUCAAAGCAGGAGCCAUCAUUCGCCUGGUGGAAGAGCCUUACACGUCCAACUCAGCAAGGCUCCACCUGGCUCGUGUCAUGGAGCUGCUGAGAGCGUCCGGACCUCAGGACGCACUGAGAGAAGGACGGUCACCGAGCAUACUGGAGACCCUCACACACACACAAACACCUGAGCAUAGUUUAUCAAAUGGAAAGAGCCUGAAGCGCUCUUUAAGUAAUGCAAAAGCAGAAUCGACCAACCAGGACGAAUCUCCACCUGAGUACCUCCUCCCCAGUUCGUCAGAGAGACCCCUCAUGGCCCUGCUGCCACACAGUUCUCAACCAGAGGCUCACAGUUACCUGAAGGACUUGGCUCUCAGCUGCUGGAACCCUCCUCCAGGACACAGGAAGCUGCAGGGGGACUUCUUGUACAUCACUGUGGUGACGGCAGAGGGACGACGCUGUGACAUCACAUCCUGUCCUAAAGGGUUCUUCCUCAACAGGUCUACAGAAGAUGCAUUUGAUCCUCGUCCUGCUCAGUCUUCGCCUGUUUGUCACUGUUUCACUGACUUGCUGUGUCACAUCAGCCCUGCAUUCAAACAAACCUUCACCACACUCAAAAACAGGCCACCCCAGCCACCAGUGGAGGUGGUGCCCACUCCCUACUACACAAUGAGCUGGCUUGGACCUUCUUGCUCUUCUCGUGCUCAUAAAAACACCUUCAGUAGAUUGGGGGUGGAGGAACAGGCAGCAGCACAGGCUCCAGACUGGAAUGAAGAGCUACAAGCAGCACGAGAUCUUCCACAAGGAAGUCUGGAGGAGAGGCUGCAGAGAGACAAAACUCUGCUACAAGUAAACAGUGCAUUUGUGAGAGCUGCCAUGCAGGGGGCAGAGACUGUGAUAGAUGGAUUUGUUGAGUCAGUGAAUGGAAAUCCUGAGGACCCUGCUUUCCUAUGGGGUGGCUUGUUCAUGAGCCAGGGGGCCACGAGUGCAGUGUUUGGUGGCGAGAGGGGUCGCAGAGCAGCUCAGCGAUUGGAGCUUAAAGGUGUUCAGGCUUACAGUGACUUGGAGGGGUUGCAGGGGCUGCACACUCUACCUACGGCCAUUGUAGACUACAGAGGGGUGCGCCUGUCUGCUCAGGGUCUGGCUCCUGGUUUAGAGGGCUCAGAGCCAGACCAAGAGGCUUCUCCUGCAUCGAGAGGUUUGCUCUACGGGGUGAACGCAGGGCCCCAAGAGUCCCCCCAGCGCCGACAGCUGCUGUCGUUCUUGGCUCACUCCGCUAAAUCUCUUUCGAUUCAGAGACAUGUUGUUGUGGGACCCAACAGUCACCAGGUCCCACUGUUCACCUCAGUGGAUGCUCAGGGGCUGCUGGGGGCUGACAGGAGGUUCUACUUACUCGAUGUGUUCAGGACCUUCCCAGCUGAUGCCAACUUUUGUCCAGAAGAGGAGACACAAAUUCAACAGCCAACAACUGAAAAAGAAGAGAGUAGUAAAAGCAGUAAAGAAGAAGAGGAGAAGGAGGAGGAGGAGGAGAAGAGUUGUGAUAAAGAAGGCUGGCCAGAGAAUUAUAAAACCACCUCUGGACUUCCAAAAAUUUUUCCUCACAGACUCUGUAGGCUGAGGCCAGAGCUGGUGCAGGCUUUCAUUCAGCAUAAACACUGCUUGUUCACCCAGCGUGUCAGGGAGAAGUUGAAUGAAAAUGGAGGUUUUGAAGAAUGUGCAACAGCCAAUGACUCUCGGGCAACGGAUGCAGUGCGAGCUGCGUGUAAAGAAGUGGGAUCAAUUAGCGACAUUAUCUUUGAGAUGCGAUUCAACCCAAAUGUUUUCUCUCCAGGGAUACGUUUUCCUCCCAGUGAAAGUGCAACAACAGAGCUGCAGGAGAGGUUACUGAGAGAAGCUGCAGCUUUCAUUGUCACACACCAGAUACCGGCCUUUUUGAAAGGUUGCCAACAGAGCAAUGAGGUGCCAAUGGACGGAGCUUCUCUAAAACAGUCACUGCACAUAAGAGGCAUCAACCUGCGGUACCUGGGGCACAUUGUCAAAGCUAUUUCCCAAUCAGAACACAAGGAGCGCCUGAGGCAUAUAUUGAGAUCAGUGAUGGGUGAAAUUUUUGUCCGCUCAACAAAACGAGUGUUCAACAAUUUCCUCCAGGGUGUAGACGUGCCGAGUCUCGCUGCAGCCAUCAGCCAUUUCCUCGACUGCUUGUUGGUUCCCCACUUCACUCCCUCUCCUGUGGGGGAGGAGACUAAGAAAAAGUCAAGACGGCGAGGUCGCAGCACCGGGACAUCUGAGAACAUGCCCUGGAGCAUGCUCACGGGAGCUGAGCUGUGGAAUCUGGUCUGCCAAGAUGCUGUUGAAACUUAUGACAUCUCCGACGGUCUUGGCUCUGGUCCAAACUACCUGGUGGAGCAUUACGGUCUUCAAAAAGUCUCUCUGCUCAGAGAAUUCUGCAUAAAGACGGGAGUGCAGUUGAGACUGAGAGACUACUUCUUUGACAACCAAAACAAAGCCCCCAUCAGUCCAGAUGACAUCCUCAACAUCUUCCCUGUGGUGAAACACAUUCACAUGCCCAUUGUGGAUGCUUCAAAAGCAUAUCGUGCUGCACAGAACUCCAUUCAGAAAGGUCUGCUGGAUCAGGCCCAUGAACAACUGAAGGAGGCAGCCUACCUGUUUGGCAGAGUGUGCGAUGAUCUGCACCCUGAAGCGUGUUAUUGCCACAGCCUGCUGGCUAAAGUGACCUAUCUGCAGGGGAAGACAGCUGAGGCCCGCAGUGUACAGCUGAAAACAGUGGUCAUCAGUGAAAGGGUGCUUGGCUUUGACCAUCCCAACACUAUUCAGCAAUAUGCCCUCCUGGCUGUGUAUGCGUAUGCUGGAGGGGAGACUGCCCUGGCUCAGAAGUGUCUUCUCAGAGCUCGCCUGCUGAUGCUGACAGUCCACGGAGAAGACCACCCGUACACUGCAACACUAGACAGCUGCCUCGGUCUGGUGCUGGCAGAUCAGACGGGACAAUUUUUAAAGAAUGCUCUGAGACUGAACACUUCCUUCUUUGGAGCUACAGAUCUACAAACUGCUCUCAGUCAGCACCUGUUGUCCCAGUGGAUGUGCAGUAAGGGUGACUACAGAGGUGCCAUGACACACGAGAAAGAGGCUCUGUCUGCUUUCACCUCACUGUUCGGGGAGGAUCACCCUCAGACUCACUGCAGCAAAGAGUUCCUGAGCACCAUAACCAAGCAGGCGGUGAAAGUAGAACGCUCUCUCAGACAGGCAGGAGCUGAGUCCACUGAGCAAAUCAUAGAGUGUCUAAGCCCAACAUCUGACGCCAUUCUGGAGCAGAUGGUUCUGGUAACAGGGAUCAGGAGGAUUACACGCAGCGACAGGUUCGAGGAGUAUAAACAGAAACACUUGGAGCGAAAGCUUGCAGCAGCAAGAGAACUGGGAAUCAAACUUCCAUUCGAGCUUCCCGUCUCAGAUGUGGGGUGUGGGAAGGAAGCAGAGGACGGAGGAAACAAGGCCGAGGAGAAAAACAGUGAGAGUCAACAGGAGCAGCAGGAGGAAGUCACAUCUACUGGGAGUGCUGGAAGUGUGUUAGCUAAUGGUCACGCGAUAGAGAAAACUGAUGAGAACAGUGAUAGAAAAGGGACAGGUCCUGGUCAGAUUAAGUCAGCCUCGGGGGACGCAAACAAAGAUGUGGACGGCUUAGCCAGCCCAUCAGUCCUUAAAAGUACACUGACCUGGGCAGAUGUUGUUUCGAAGCCAAGUAAUGGAACAGGAAGUAAAGCAGUAAAUGGAGUAGAUAGUGCCGCUGCCAGUGGUGCAGCUGAGGAGUGAAAACGCUGCACACAGUGGCUUGUUAACGAGUUUUUCUAAAGUCUAUGCUGUAAGAUGAAACUUUUCCAGGAUUUAAAAAGCAAAGUGAUUCAAAGAAGAGAAAGACAGCUUUAAGAGGAUGCGUAUUACUUUACUGUAUGUUGUAAUGUUUUGCUGUGAGAAGGUGG